AGGUAUGGUAUCCGACAAGGGACAAAUAAAAAAAACCAUACCCGAGGUAAAACAGUUCAGUUUGAGAAAUUUAAAGAUCCUUCAUUAAAAGCAUAGUUUACGUCGUGUCUUUAAAUACGCACCCCCCGCCCAGGACCGACAAAGAUGCCAGAAACAAGCACAGAUAACUUGGACGAGAAGCAGGUCCAGCUUCUCUCGGAGAUGUGUAUACUGAUUGAUGAAAACGACCACAAAAUUGGAGCUGACACCAAGAAAAACUGCCACCUCAACUCAAACAUUGAGAAAGGUUUAUUGCAUCGCGCAUUUAGUGUAUUCCUGUUUGACAGUGAAGACAAACUGCUACUCCAGCAAAGAUCUGACGCCAAAAUCACCUUUCCAGGGUUAUUCACCAACUCGUGUUGUAGCCACCCCCUGCACACCACCAGUGAGCUGGAAGAGCAGGAUGUGAUUGGCGUUCGGCGCGCCGCUCAGAGACGCCUCAACGCGGAGUUGGGCAUUCCCACGGACCAGGUUCCUCCGGAGUAUAUGUCCUACCUAACGAGAAUACACUACAAGGCACAGUCAAACGGGAUCUGGGGAGAGCAUGAGAUCGACUACAUCUUGUUCAUACAAAAGGACGUUGAUCUGACGCCUGAUCCCAAUGAGGUUAAAAGUCACUGUUAUGUCUCUAAGGAGGAGCUUAAAUCCAUGCUGGAGAGGGCGAAGAAUGAGGAACUGGAAUUCACUCCGUGGUUUAAGCUUAUAGUGGAGACCUUCCUAUUCAAGUGGUGGGAUAAUCUUCAUAAUAUAAAGCAAUUUAUGGAUCAUGACACAAUUCAUCGCAUGUAGUAAGGUCACUAAUGUGGCUGCUGUCAUAAUUGUACUGAUGUGAUUUUAAUCUCAUUUCGCUAAGUAAUUAAAGUGCCUGUAAGUGAAAUCAAGACCAAUUGUACUUUUUCAAUAGCUCAACACGGUUAAUAUGUUUUCCUCUACAAGAAUAGAAAAUGGACACCCCCAGAAAUGUCUCCCACAACCUAAGACUGUUUUCUGUAACUUUGUUUACCUUGGUAAAAAUUAUCUUCACAAA